UGGCAUUGCCCCUGUGGCGAUUCGACGCUGUUCUCAAAUGCCUCUUUGUGCUGCUCGCGCUUGGCGAAGCCGCAUGCAGCUGUGGAGCAGGCGGCCAAUGCGCUACUCAUAGACGACAAGAAUGCCAAGGCAGCACAUUCCCUGCUGAAAGCUGAGAUUGCCCUCGGCUACUCAGAUUGCAAUGACUGGCAGCUGGAUGUGCUCGGGAAGCUUGGGCAAACUUUCAAGACAGUGGCCGAGCUUUUGGAGGAGCACCGAAAGCUGCCUGCAACAGAUCUAAGCAUCCUUCAGGGAGAACUUGGCGUAGACCUGCACAAGCCCUUAGAGGUCCCUGAAUCAGCUGAGCCACGAUUGUUUUAUCUGCUCGCAGAGGAAGGGCAAGGACAGGAGGUCGAGACUGGCGACCUCCGACACCGACUGUUGACUGCCGCAUUGCUGGGAGGUUCGGUGGAGGCAUUGCUGCCAGCCACCCAGCUCCUGAGCCAGUCACAGCGGCUUCAGGUUCUAGAGGAAAUUGCGCAAGCGCCUUUGCUUAUCAACAUGGAGGCUGCCUUAGCCAUUGGCCAGGAGACUGAUGAUCGUGUUACGGCGUUUCUGCACCUGGCCGUCGCUGCAGCAAGCCAAAGUCUGGUCGUGUUAGGCGAGGCUGGAAAAGCCCUUGUGGAUCACCUUCUUGUCGAAAACCACGGGAAAUGGAAGACUGGUUCCCCAUAUGGAACUUGGCUCAUGGCCUUUGGUGGUCAAAGCCGGCGAAUUUCAGAGCUAAUGAGCGAAGCGCUGCACAUUGAGAAGGAAGGAGACAUUGUUUCCUUCCGGCCGAAGCCUUGA